AUGAUGGAGAUGGGCUGUCAGCUACAAUCUCAGGCUGCGGGUCCCCCGCGCCCUUCCCAUCCCAGGCCCGGCUGCGAGGGCCCCGUGCGGCGUCCCCGCCUCGUCCUGCCCAGCGCCGAGUCCCUCUCGCGCAGUGCCCUGGGAACGGAGCCCGGGCAGCGAGCGGCUGCAGCCGGCCGGCACCCUCAGCCCGGCCUCCCGGCCCCGGCCCAGCCGAGCCACGGGGCCACCGGCCUCCCCUCGCCCAGUCAGCCCGGCCUCCCAGCCCCGGCCCAGCAGAGCCACAGGGCCAACGGCCUCCCCUCGCCCAGUCAGCCCGGCCUCCCGGCCCCGGCCCAGCCGAGCCACGGGGCCAACGGCCUCCCCUCGCCCAGUCAGCCCGGCCUCCCAGCCCCGGCCCAGCCGAGCCACGGGGCCACCGGCCUCCCAGCCCCGGCCCAGCCGAGCCACUGGGCCACCGGCCUCCCGGCCCAGCCGAGCCACGGGGCCAACGGCCUCCCCUCGCCCAGUCAGCCCGGCCUCCCAGCCCCGGCCCAGCAGAGCCACAGGGCCAACGGCCUCCCCUCGCCCAGUCAGCCCGGCCUCCCAGCCCCGGCCCAGCCGAGCCACGGGGCCACCGGCCUCCCAGCCCCGGCCCAGCCGAGCCACUGGGCCACCGGCCUCCCGGCCCAGCCGAGCCACGGGGCCAACGGCCUCCCCUCGCCCAGUCAGCCCGGCCUCCCAGCCCCGGCCCAGCAGAGCCACAGGGCCAACGGCCUCCCCUCGCCCAGUCAGGCCGGCCUCCCAGCCCCAGCCCAGCCGAGCCACUGGGCCACCGGCCUCCCAGCCCCGGCCCAGCAGAGCCACAGGGCCAACGGCCUCCCCUCGCCCAGUCAGCCCGGCCUCCCAGCCCCGGCCCAGCCGAGCCACUGGGCCACCGGCCUCCCAGCCCAGCAGAGCCACAGGGCCAACGGCCUCCCCUCGCCCAGUCAGCCCGGCCUCCCAGCCCCAGCCCAGCCGAGCCACUGGGCCACCGGCCUCCCAGCCCCGGCCCAGCAGAGCCACAGGGCCAACGGCCUCCCCUCGCCCAGUCAGCCCGGCCUCCCAGCCCCGGCCCAGCCGAGCCACUGGGCCACCGGCCUCCCCUCGCCCAGUCAGCCCGGCCUCCCGGCCCCGGCCCAGCCGAGCCACUGGGCCACCGGCCUCCCCUCGCCCAGUCAGCCCGGCCUCCCGGCCCCGGCCCAGCCGAGCCACUGGGCCACCGGCCUCCCCUCGCCCAGUCAGCCCGGCCUUCAGAGCCGGCCCAGCAGAGCCACAGGGCCAACGGCCUCCCCUCGCCCAGUCAGCCCGGCCUUCAGAGCCGGCACAGCAGAGCCACGGGGCCAACGGCCUCCCCUCGCCCAGUCAGCCCGGCCUCCCAGCCCCGGCCCAGCAGAGCCACGGGGCCACCGGCCUCCCCUCGCCCAGUCAGCCCGGCCUCCCAGCCCCGGCCCAGCCGAGCCACGGGGCCACCGGCCUCCACUCGCCCAGUCAGCCCGGCCUCCCGGCCCCGGCCCAGCCGAGCCACGGGGCCACCGGCCUCCCCUCGCCCAGUCAGCCCGGCCUCCCGGCCCCGGCCCAGCCACGGGGCCAACGGCCUCCCCUCGCCCAGUCAGCCCGGCCUCCCAGCCCAGCCGAGCCACUGGGCCACCAGCCUCCCAGCCCCGGCCCAGCCGAGCCACGGGGCCACCGGCCUCCCCUCGCCCAGUCAGGCCGGCCUUCAGCCCCGGCCCAGCAGAGCCAUGGGGCCAACGGCCUCCCCUCGCCCAGUCAGCCCGGCCUCCCAGCCCCGGCCCAGCCGAGCCACCGGCCAGACGGCAUCCACUCAGCCUCCCAGCAGCGGCCCCCGCCUGUCUUAGUGUCUUAGCCUCCCUGAAGCAGAAGGCCACCAGACUCCUUGUUGUCCCUGAAGCAAAAGGCUUCGGGCUUUUUUAA